AUGAGCCAAGACAGCCCCACGGGCCACCAAGAGAGCAACUUUCUUAAAGAAGUCAUUGACUACGUGCUAUGCACGGUGAGCAGAGAGGACCUGCAGACGCUACUUCAGGAAGAUAACGUCUGGGAGACAUUUGUGACGGAGGCCCACUUGUCCAGGGAUGAGGCCGACGCACUACAUGAAGAGCUGAAGAAGUUGAAAAAAGCCAAGGCCAUGAAUGAUGAAGACAUGCACCAGGAGGAGGAGGAGUGUAGGGAGAAGUUCCUGGCGGUGUACCCCCGGGUCAAAGUGCAGCUCGAGGAGCACAUAGCCCAGCUCCGUGAGCUCGCAGGCCGGACCAACAAGGUGCACAGGGACUGCACCAUCUCCAGUGCAGUAGCCCACUCCACUGGCAUCAUCUCUGGCAUCCUCACCAUCCUCGGCCUGGGAGUGAUAUCCUUUACUGCUGGGGCCAGCCUGGCGCUGACAGCAACAGGGCUUGGCCUGGGAGCGGCGGCGGCCGUCACCAGUGUGACCACCAGCAUCGUGAAACAUGUCAACAAGUCGUCUGUAGAAGCUGAAGCCAAUCACCUGGAAUCAACUGACAUCGACAUAGUGCAGCUGGCCAAGAACAUUCUGAAUGAUAACACGUCCCAGUUUGGUUUCUUAAAAAACAGUUUCCUGGUGGUAUACCGCAUUGCAAAAUAUGUGCGUUCCAUCAAUUUGACCCAGAUCAACCUGGGCAUCGCGGCUGAAAUCUUGAUCCAGAGUGGCAGGCUGGCAGAGAGCACCGCUGGGACCACCAGCAAGGUGAUGGGCACGGGAGCCCGGUUCUUCAGCGGCGCCACUGCAGGCUUCUUCCUUCUGAUGGACGUGAUGAGUCUCAUACAAGAUUCCAAGUAUUUGCAACAAGGAACAAAGACGGAGCUGUCUGAGAAGCUGAUGCAGCAGGCCCAGGAGCUGGAGACCAUGUUGCAGAAGCUCAACCAGAUCUAUGAUAGUCUGCAGUAG